AUGGACUCCCCCAAUGGCCUGAGAAAUGGCAAGUCCAUCUCCCCCGACGCGAUGGCAAUUUCCACGCCCUCCGCGAAUGACAACGCCAAUUCCGCCCCAGAUGCGAUGAAUGUCAAACCUGAGCCGUCUGGCGACAUGAAGGUUCCUGCUUCGACUUCUGCCUCUGCCUCUCCUGUUGCCUUCACCUCCGCAACCUCCGAUCAAUCAAAUUCAGAAGCACACUCAAACAUGAAGGCCAGCCCCUCCGACGAGGAGACGGUCGGCGGCGACAUCCUCCUCAAACAGGAGCCCGGCCAGCCUCCCAAGCUGUCGCGUAGCUCCUCGCAAAAGGUCGUGUCGCACCCACCGCAGCUCUUCGAUCACCUACCCGACAGCACUCAAGAUGCCCUCGCAACUUUCGAGCAGAUCCAGGCUUGCUGGUACGCCAAUAAAUACAUGGGCUACACGGAACACGCAAUGGAGUGUGACUGCUCUGAGGAGUGGGAUGCGAAACUCGGCCAGAAUCAAGCCUGUGGCGACGACUCCGACUGCAUCAACCGAGCAACCAAAAUCGAAUGCGUGGGCGACUGCGGCUGUGGCUCCGACUGCCGCAAUCAACGAUUCCAGAAAAAACAAUAUGCGCCGGUCUCGGUCAUCAAGACAGAAAAGAAGGGCUUCGGGUUACGCGCCGAGACAAAACUCGAACCGCACCAGUUGAUCUUCGAGUAUGUCGGCGAAGUCGUGGGCGAGGCCCAAUUCCGGCGCCGCAUGAGACAAUAUGAUGAAGAGGGCAUCAAACAUUUCUACUUCAUGUCCCUCAAUAAGGGCGAAUUCGUGGACGCAACGAAACGUGGCAACCUUGGUCGGUUCUGCAACCACUCUUGUAACCCCAACUGCUAUGUCGACAAGUGGGUGGUGGGCGAGAAACUGCGGAUGGGAAUUUUCGCCGAACGAGCUGUGGAAGCAGGUGAAGAGUUGGUCUUCAACUACAACGUCGAUCGAUAUGGUGCCGAUCCCCAGCCUUGCUACUGUGCCGAGCCGAACUGUACCGGGUUUAUCGGUGGCCGUACCCAGACCGAACAAGCCACCAAGCUCUCGAAUGCGACAAUCGAGGCCCUUGGUAUCGAUGAGGAGGACGCUUGGGAUACCGUGGUUGCCCGGAGGCCCAAGAAGAAGAAGACCGAAGAAAACGACGAGGAGUAUGUGGACAGCGUGCAACCCAAGUCCCUUCAGGAGGAUGGCGUCACCAAGGUCAUGGCGGCUCUUAUGCAGUGCCAGGAGAAAUGGAUUGCCGUCAAACUUUUGGGCCGCAUCCAGCGUUGCGAGGACGAGAGGGUGUCCAACAGGGUGGUCAAGAUGCACGGUUACCAGAUUCUGAACUCCCAACUUGCGCAAUGGAAAGAGGAUCACAAUGUCGUGCUGCAGAUCCUGGACAUCCUGGACAAGUUCCCACGAAUGACUCGCAACAAAAUCAUCGACUCCAAGAUCGAAACGAAUAUACAGCCUCUCACCACUUGCGGCGACGAACGUGUCGAGCAGAAAGCUAUCGUUUUGUUGGCCGAUUGGGCGGACUUGAAGGUGGGUUACCGCAUUCCGCGUAUGAAGCGGGACGAGCAAGCCAAGAAAGCAGUUAAUCAAUUCGAGCGCCGGGAAUCCGGUCGCGAGCAGCGUCAACGCUCUGUCACACGAUCACCCUCACCCACAUACGAGGCCCGACAACGCCCGACUCAACCACGGCGAGAGAGAAUUCAGCAUCAACAGAACCAGCGGCCUCGACCGAAUCGUCGUCGCCAGCUCCCGGACCGUCAGCUCCCAGAGGGAUGGUUCCAGGCAGAGGACGAGUCAGGUCGCUUCUACUACUAUACAGCCGAUGGCAAACCUACAUGGCAGAAGCCGACGGCUCCUGCGACUCCUGCUGCACCAACAGUACAGAAGAAGAACUUGGCUUUGCAAAGCAUUAUCGACGGCAUUGUCAAUUCGCAAGAAAAGACGCCAACCUCGGAGCACAAGAUUGAUACCCCCGACACCCCGCAACCGGCAUCUGACCAUCAAGAGAAGAAGCGAGAGGAUAAAGGAUGGAGGAAGCUUCCUAUAGAGAAGCAGAAAAAGCUUUACGAGAACACUCUAUUCCCCCACAUCAAGCCAUUCGUCGAUAAAUACAAAAAUAAGAUCCCAAAGGACGAUCUCAAACGCUUUGCGAAAGAGACGGCCACCAAACUCGUGAAUAGCGACUAUAAAGCCAACCGCGUAACCGACCCCACAAAAAUCAGCGACAAACACCAACAAAAAGUCAAAAGCUUCUGCAAAGACUACUUCGACAAAGCCUACAAAAAACACAAAGAGCGCAUGGAACGACGGUCCAAAUCCGCCGCCAACACAACAACAAAACUCACCAUCCAACCCACAGAAGCAGAAGCAAAUUCCACACCCGCAGACGCAGACGAGGACGUCACAAAGCUCUCCGACGACGAAGCAGGUGGUGAUGGUGAUGGUACUACAUUGACCUCACCAAUGGACGACGACGCCUCGGUCUCAGCCUCGCUGAAGCGCAAACGUCCCGAGGAAAUUGAUGCCGAGAAUUUGCUUAAUGGUUCCGCAGCAGAGGCUGGCUCAGCUUCUCCUUCCAAACGACAGAAAUCUACACCUCCGCCGCCACCUCCGCCCCCCGAUGCCGACGCCGAUGCUGACGCCGAUGUCGAUGCUGAUGCCGAUAUUGGCGAUGAGACGCCGAAAAUUGAUGACGAGGAUGAUGAAUCCGCUCCACCUCCACCUCCGCCCCCACCGCCUAAGGACGAGCAUUCAAAUUCUCCUGAUGAAUAUCCCGUUGAGAUGGAGGGUGUUCAGCAACAGCAGCAACAAAAUGGUGUUCAGGUGCAGGGG